AUGACUCCGUCCGCCGAUUUCGCCGAGGGCCGGCCAAUCACAUCGCGGAUAGUCAUAAUGCCCAUUACGCACCCGUCCGACGGCUUCGGCUUCGGCACGCGGUGUCCAUGGUACUGCCCCUCCCCGGGGUCCCAUGGCGCAAGCCUCCGGAGUUCCUCACAGAACUCGGACCUUCGCCUUCUAGUCUCACCUCAGCAAUAUCACCUCGCCUCGCUUCGCUCGGCUCGGCUCCCCCAACCCUAA